GUUUUGCACCGCGAGUGACAACUUGGCCCGUACACGUUGUUCAGUGGGCCAUCGAGCUAUAGAUACGCUGCGCUGGACUCGCUGUCCAGCUGUGCUGGUCUAACGUGUACGAGCUCGAUCGCAGUGCAGCACACUGAGAUCUCACUGAGCAGACACAAUUUGUGCGGCAGCGAUCUCGCAAUCGCUACCAUUAGCACAAAAUGCCGAACAACACCACGCUCCUCGCGGCCGCCGCGUGUAUCGCAGCGAUAGCCCUCGUCAUAAGACGAAGACAAAAACCGCAAGACGACGACGACGCGACGAGACAUGUUUAUAGGAUAGUGCUCACGGGCGGUCCCUGCGCUGGAAAAACCACAGCCAUGGCGAGAUUAUCAGGAUUCCUCCAGGAGCGAGGCUUCCGCGUCUACACGGUACCCGAGAUGGCCACUUUGCUGUUCACGAACGGCGUGGCCUUUAGCGAUCUGGAUAAGGGCGCCCUGGCGAUGCAGCAAGCUGUGUUGAAAGGUCAAACUACCCUAGAAGAUGGGUUUCGCAAAGUUGCGGCAGCUACGAGAGCGCCGGCGGUUGUUUUAUGCGAUCGGGGCGCGCUCGACGGGAAGGCCUACAUUUCCGAUGAUUUGUGGCGGGAAGUAGCCUACAACACGCCCUCGCAUAGUAUCAACGAGCGGCUGCUUUGUGAGCGGUACGACGCGGUGUUGCAUCUGGUCACGGCGGCGGCCGGUGCGGAACGAUUUUAUACCUUGGAGAAUAACUUGGCACGGACGGAGUCCGUGGAAGAAGCGAGGAAGCAGGACAUUCAGACGCAAAAAGCUUGGGCGCCCCAUCCUAGGUUGUAUGUUGUGGAUAAUGCUGGGAACGGAGGCUUCGAGGGAAAAUUAGAAAGAGUCGUCGAGGCCUGCGCGGCCGUCGUCGGGUUACCUGUACUACCGAAACACACGCGCAAGUUCCUGCUCAAGAGCGACCCGCUGGCUUCGGUGUUCUCACAAAAUGGCGUGCGAACCUCGACGUUCCGCGCGACGAAGACGUUUCUCAAGCACGCGCCUCAACGCGACACGUCCAUGAGUUACGCGCUACCACAGAGUCCCUCUUCGUAUUCAAAUCAUGCUUAUGUGCGAAAACGCAUUUCCGAGGAGGGCUCCGAUAGUUAUCAAUACUCGGAAGUUAUCUUCGACGGGAACGAAAGGCAUGAAAGGAAAAGGCGGAUCUCGAAGCGCGAGUACGAGUUGUACCUAAGAGACGCGGAUCCCGAGAGGUCGCCCGUCGAGCAAUCUAGACUGCACUUCCUCUACGAGAAUCAAAGUUUUGUGGUGCAUUGCUACCUGGACCGCAACCUGGCGGUACUGCACUGCCAGGCGGCGCGGCCCGACGGCGUCGCGCUCCCUCCGUUUUUGGACGUCGGCGCGGAGAUCGCGCACGCGGACCGGGAGCGCUUCUCGGCCUAUGGGUUGGCCGCGCUGCCUGUGCCUAGAGCUGCCUCGCCGGAAGGAGGGCGGCGGCGGUUCCUGCCUCCGUCGAAGAGCGACGAGUCGGAGAAGUAAA